CGAUGAAAUCGAUAAUAAAUUAAAUCGGAACAUCUCUAGAAACCGACAGCUGAGUUGUAUAACAAAACUCUUUUGCUAAGUUGUUUCACAUAGAAAAUUAUUUAAUUAUGUGGCAAUGUUGAAUUUGAUUAUGGUCAAUUAUGGCAAUUCUUGAUUAUUUGGAUCUAUACCUGAGAAAGUGGAAGCGUUAUGAUUCUCAUCAAUCCCGUAAACGUUUACUUAUUACAUUACUAGCCGUUUGUAUUAUAUUAGUCUACAUUGGACCAUUCUUUUUCAAAUUCUGGCAGAAAAAACCAAUAUUACCAGAUAAGCUAGAACCAUGUUUAGAGGCUCCUGGCGCAUAUCGGGAAAUUUUAAAAGAAGAAGAACGAUUCGAGGCCCAUCGUUGGAAUAAUUUUAACCCAAUCACUGAAACCUCGGAUCAUUUUUUACCGUAUGUGGGUAACGGUAAAAUUGGCUUGUCUUUGGAUAAUUAUUCGGACAAACCAUUCUAUAUUCUGGGAAAACGAGCUUUAGAUGUUGCGAUACCGUUUCAUCCAUUGGUUGAAGUUGAACUAGCCAACAGUAAUAAAUAUACGAAAGGAUUAACUUCCGUUCGUUAUGUUAAAGGUCUUGUUUAUAAAGUGACCUGUCACUCUUACCUCUACAAAGAUGUGUCAGUCAGAGAAACGAUUUAUGCCCAUAGAUUAAUAAACUCUCUUCUUGUGCAAGAAAUUGAUAUAGUAAACUACUUUGAUGUGCCUUUUGUUUUCAAUUUGAAAAGACUGGGUUGGAAAGGAGAUACAAAAGCAAAAAGUCAAGUAGUUGCAAUAAAUGCUAAGGAUAAAUUAAACUAUUUUCAAAUACAAAGUCAGAUUGACUGGAAAGAUGAUAAUCGUAAAAGUAUUAGCUAUUCUGUAAUCGCCCCUGAGAUUCCAAAUACAAUUCAAGUGCCCGCAAAUGGAAGAAAAACUUUAGAAUUUCGUACAUUUCUAAAUUAUACAAAACCAAUAUUGAAAAAUCAAAUUGCACGUUAUGAACCUGAUCUUAAAUUGACGCUACGUGAAACUGUUAAAAAGAUAGCUGAUACUUCUUCCUUGAAUUUGUUUAACUUUCACAUCAAUGCUUGGGCUGAGUUGUGGAAGAGCGGCUUUGGAAUCAGCUUCUCGAAAGCUCAAAAUAUUUUAAACGGCGAUGCCAUUAAUGCUACCCUUUAUUAUAUAUUAAGUCAUAAGAGUGCCUUUGACCAUGAUUUUGUUUUCAAGGACCUGCCUAGUGCUUUGGUUGCUGCAAGAUCCUCUAAUUUGCUCAACAAACCAGAUAGUUGUUAUAAUGGACAUCCUACAUUACAAGCUUCUGCAUUAUGGUCACCAAUGGAUUCAAUAGGUGAUAUUAACAGAAUUGUUUCUCUUUGGUUGAUGACAUUAGAAAAACAUGGUUGCCACAAUUUAAUUGAAUCUGGUGCUAUUGGAACCUUACAAGCCUACAUAUUAAGCUUAAGUGCCCUUAAAUUUACAAAGAAUCAUAUCGAAUUCAAUACUCAUCCAAAAGAAUUACACCGAGAUUAUUACAUUCGUCGUCUUCGUUAUGGUAAUAAUACUUUGUUAAACAUUACUGUGGCUUUAGGGGAAGAUAACAAAGCAUCACUUUAUGUGACUAUUGAUAAAAAUGAAGGUGAUCACAAAUUUUAUGCUUGUGAUGGAGGCUGUAUGGAUGCUCCAAUAAAGCUAUCCUCAAUUCCAGCACAAUUUCCUGUGAAAUUAACUCAACCUUUGACAGCUAUUCUCUAUAUAACUCCUGAUUUGGAACACAUCCAGGAAUUGAAACAUACGAUUCAUGUUAAAGAAAUAGUCGAAGCACCGGCUCACGAACAUAAUAUCAUUGCUCUUCAUCGACAUGGUCAUAAACUUGGUGGGCUUCCCGCAAUAUUUUGGCUCUCCAUUGUUUUUUUGAUUGUGAUAUUUCACCUAUUCCUCGCUAAACUUAUUUACAAUGAAUAUUGUGUUGGUUCAUCUUCAUCAUCCUCUUCAUCAUCAUCAGGAUACAGCUACGAAAGAAUCCGUUAUGCUGUAUAGUCUAAAUCUCAGAUUCAUCCUCAACUCUACGAAAAAUUUUCAUUAAAAAUCAUGGGGUAAUUUUCAAUCUCCACCAUCUCUAUACAAAUCGAGAAAGACAAUCUCAUCAAUUAAUUGAACUUAUUCUCGGAUCUUACAUUUUUGGUACAUUAAUUAUGGUAUUAUUCCAGUUCCUUCCGAUCUCCUUAAACCGUUCUCUAGGAGAGUUCAUCAUCAAAUCGUAAUUUAAUUUUCUUCUUUCAUCUUUGUUACAUAAUGAAAAUAAUUCUUGCACCAUUCUAGUUAUUAUUAAUAAAUAUGUCAAUUUUAA